UAUAAACUUUACACAAAAUGCAACCAUUAUCAUUAACUUUCACUUUAAUAACGUGUCUUUUAACAUUUCUGGUUUUAUUUUCGAUUUAUCAUCAAACAAACCCGACUUCGUUAAUAAACGACGAAGACGUUAAUUUUGACGUCGAGUUAAAAGAAAUGCCUCAAGAAAUAUUUGAAUUUUCUUUAGCGGCCGUUUCGGCGGCGUACGAAAUUUUCGAUUCAAAUGUAAAAGAUAUCGUGAAGUUCGUUGGAAACGAAUUAAAAGAAGAAUAUAAUGAUUUCGAGUGGUUUGUUAUCGCCAAUUCAAAUCGGAGUAGUUUUAAUUUAAGAGGACAUUGUUAUUUACUUUUUAACGUUAAAUUUAAAAGUAAUGUUGAUCAUUUUUUGAUUGGGAAUUUAUUGGGAUGUACGAAAUAAAAGUUUUAAAUAUA